AUGGCAUUCACAAGAGAUAAAGAUCAUGGAAAUUCCACUACAUUGAUAGAAUUCAUCCUGUUUGGCUUUUCUGAUGUUCCUGACCUCCAAGGAUUUCUUUUUGGGCUGUUUCUGAUAAUCUACAUGAUCAUUCUGAUUGGAAAUAGUCUCAUUAUCAUAAUAACGAAGGUUGAUUCUUCCCUCCAGACUCCCAUGUAUUUUUUCCUGAGUAACUUUUCUAUCUUGGAAAUAUGUUAUGUGACAGUCACUAUCCCCAGAUUGCUAGCCGACCUCUGUAGACAAAAUAGAAGUAUUUCCUUUCUGGCCUGUGCGACUCAAAUGUAUUUCUUUCUGGCCUUGGGGGCCACUGAGUGCUUCGUUCUGACUGCCAUGUCUUAUGACAGGUAUGUAGCCAUCUGUAAACCCUUACUCUAUCCUCUCCUCAUGAACUCCCGGCUGUGCGUACAACUGGCAACUGGCUGUUGGAUCAGUGGAGCUACUAUACAUAUAGGUUUCACCUAUCUGGUCUUCUCGCUACCCUUCUGUGGACCUCACCAGCUGGAUCAUUUUUUCUGUGAUGUCCCUCCAGUGCUUAAGUUAGCCUGUGGAAACACUUUGAUGAUUGAGAUGUUGGUUUUUGUGCUGGCUUUUCUAGUUGUCACUUUUCCUUUUGUGUUGAUACUUGGAUCUUACAUCAAAAUAAUCGCGACUGUCCUUCAACUGCCAUCAGCAAAAGGGAGAGACAAGGCUUUCCUCACUUGUUCUUCACACUUAAUGGUGGUGCUUUUGUUCUUUGGAUCAGGCACCAUUACCUACAUGAGACCAAAGUCCACUCAUUCAGUGGGAAUGGACAGACUGCUUUCUCUUUUUUACACUACUAUGACGCCAAUUUUUAACCCCCUGAUAUACUGCCUGAGAAACAAAGACGUGACGGUGGCUCUGAGACAGUUGAUGCCU